AUGCCUCGCACUUCCAGGAAGCGAGCUAGCGACGACGUCAUUGACCUGACUGGGGAGCCUCACCAGGUUGGGGGCCAGGCGAAGCGAGCAGCACUGUCCACGAGCCACCCAUCGCACCGCACGCACGGUCCCUCGUCGUUCAAUUCGACAGGCAUUGGAGGUUCCAGUGUCUAUGGGUCGUCGCCACAGAGCUCGCUGUCUGCAGCUGGAAGCUCGAGCCGCGGACCGUCCCAGUCGUCGCAAUCAUCACAGUCCACACCCGCAUCUCAGGGCGGCAGCGAUGACCUGGAGUUCUUGGACCUGACCCAAGAUGAUGAUGGACCUCCGACCGAGUUCUACGGGUCCUUUGAUGGCAAGAUCGUUGGAGUCAGGUACUACUCGGGGUAUGCAAACCCCGGAGAAGCUGUCAUCUGUCGUCGGGAGCCACAGAAUCAGUACGACCGCAAUGCGAUUCGUGUCGACAAUGUCAUGUACCAGCAGAUCGGACACUUGCCCCGUAAAGUGGUGGAAAAGAUUGCCCCAUAUGUGGAUUCAGGUGACCUGACGUUGGAGGCGCAACUCACCGGCGAGAAGGGCAUAUAUGAUUGCCCCAUUCGAGUCUUAUUCUUCGGGCCCAGCGAUCCGGCAUCGCGGGCAAGGAUUGAGAAGGCGCUCAAGGCAGAUAAGCUCGUCAAGGCCACUCAGUUGAACCAGACCCGGAAAGAAGCCGAGGCAAAGAGGCUGGCCAUGGGCCUCAAAGCUGGCAGCUCAAGUCAAGGAGUCGGUAGUGAACAGAACGAACCCGAUCAGGCCGAGGUAACGCUCGAGGAUCUUAUGAAGAGCAGCGACGCUACCGAGUUCCGGCAAGGAGGCGAUGCCAUCAAGACCCUUGCUAUCGACGAGGACCAUUUGGCCAAGAUGCCGAUGGCGACUCAACCCCCAGAGCUCAAGGCGACCCUACUUCCAUACCAACUGCAGGGUCUGGCCUGGAUGAUGUCCAAGGAGAACCCGGAACUUCCUGAGAAGGGCUCCGAGAGAUUGGUGCAACUCUGGAAGAAGACUAACCGCGGCAUGUAUUGGAACCUGGCAUCGGGAUUCGCGACCCAGGCUCCACCAAAGCUGUGCUCUGGAGGCAUUCUCGCCGACGACAUGGGCCUUGGCAAAACACUCCAGAUCAUCAGUUUGAUCCUUGCCGGCGGGCCUGGGUCAACGCUUAUUGUGGCCCCAGUCAGCGUCAUGAGCAACUGGAAACAGCAAAUCGAGAGACACGUCAAGGCAGACAAGGCGCCGAGUGUGAUCAUCUACCACGGAGACAGGAAAUCGACUGUCGCGGACCUCAUGCGACACGAUGUUGUCAUCACCAGUUACGGAAGACUUGCCCGCGAGCGUGAUCCCAAGGUUGAGCGCGUGUUGCUGAGCAAGUCUAUCGAAUGGCGGCGGGUCGUGCUUGACGAGGGCCACACCAUUCGCAACGCCCGGACCAAGGUGGCAACAGCAGCGUGCGAGCUGCAAGCCAAGUCACGCUGGGUACUCACCGGCACCCCCAUCGUCAACUCGGUCAAAGACUUGCACUCCUUGGUCAAGUUUCUGCAUCUCACUGGAGGCAUCGAGCAACCGGAGAUUUUCAACACCAACGUCACUCGUAAACUUGCUGCCGGAGAUCGCAGCGGCGAGGCUAUCCUCCAGGCUCUCGUGCAGGAUAUUUGCCUGCGCCGCAAAAAGGACAUGAAGUUUGUCGAUCUCAAGCUGCCAGAGAAGGAGUAUUUGCAUCGAAUCACGUUUCACCCCUCAGAGAAGCAAAAGUACAAUGCAUUGCUAUCGGAGGCGCGUGGAGCGCUGGAAGACUUUCAGAAAAAGUCCUCUGCAGGACAAAAGGGACGAUUCCAAAACGUUCUGGAGCGGCUGCUUCGACUCAGACAAGCCUGCAACCACUGGUCGCUAUGCAGGGAACGCAUUGAAGACCUCAUGAAGCUCCUCGAAGAUGAACAGGUGGUAGCAUUCACUGACAAGAACCGCGCCUUGCUGCAAGAGGCCCUACGUCUCUACAUUGAAAGCCAAGAAGACUGCGCCAUCUGUUAUGAAGUCCCGGGUUCGCCAGUCAUCACGAACUGCAAACAUGUCUUUUGUCGCGGUUGCAUCACGAAGGCCAUCCAGAUCCAGGGCAAGUGCCCCAUGUGCCGCAAUGGCCUCACAGAGGAUUGUCUUCUGGAGCCUGCCCCCGAGGGACCUGGCGACGACAACUUCGACACUGAAACUCAAAGCUCAAAGACGGAUGCCAUGAUCCAGAUUGUCCGGGCGACCAUGAAGAACGCCGGGUCCAAGAUCAUCAUCUUUUCGCAAUGGACGUCAUUCUUGAAUAUCAUUCAGAACCAGCUCAAAGCGGCGAACAUACAAUUCAGUAGGGUCGACGGCAGCAUGAACACGGACAAGCGCGAUCGCGCAAUCGACGCACUGGACAACGAUCCCGACACGCGAGUUAUGCUGGCGAGCUUGGCGGUGUGCAGUGUCGGCCUCAAUCUGGUGUCCGCCGAUACCGUCAUUCUGUCCGACAGCUGGUGGGCGCCCGCGAUCGAGGAUCAGGCCAUUGACCGCGUGCAUCGCUUGGGCCAAACUCGAGAGACUACCGUCUGGCGUCUUGUCAUGGAAGAAACCGUCGAGGAGCGUGUUCUGGCGAUUCAGUCGGAAAAGCGGGAGUUGGUUGGCAAGGCGUUCCAGGAAAAGGACAAGAAGUCCAAGAAGGCCAAGGACACGCGCAUGGCAGACGUCAAAAAGCUGCUGUCUUAG